AUGGGUCUUAUAAAUAGCAGCUGGUUUCAGCCACCAACUCUCCUUCUAACAGGUAUCCCUGGUCUGGAGGCUGUACAAGAAUGGAUCUCGAUUCCACUGGGUGUCAUGUACCUCAUUGCCCUGCUAGGGAACUGCACCAUCCUCUUUGUUAUCAGAACCACUGCCAACCUUCAUGAGCCUCAAUAUAUCUUUCUGUCUAUGCUAGCAGCUACAGAUGUGGGUCUGUCAUUAUCAACUCUGCCCACAGUACUUAACGUCUUCCUUCUGAAUCACAGAGAAAUUGAGUUCCAUUCUUGCCUGACACAGAUGUUUUUCAUACAUGCUUGUUCAUCCGUGGAAUCAGCCAUUCUGUUGGCCAUGGCUUUUGAUCGUUUUGUAGCUAUUCGUGACCCGCUGCACUACACUGUGAUCUUAACCCCUGCUAGAAUUACUGUGAUGGGACUUGUGGCUGUGGCUAGGGGUGUGGCUUUAAUGGUCCCAUUGCCAAUCCUACUCAAGCGAUUGCCAUUCUGCAAGGGUGUGAUUCUAUCUCAUUGUUACUGCUACCAUCCUGAUGUUAUGAAAUUGGCCUGUGGGCCUGUAAGAAUCAAUAUAAUCUAUGGGUUGUGCCUUGUUCUCUGCUCCUUUGGAGUUGACUCUGUGUUCAUUAUAAUUUCAUACAUUCUGAUUUUGAAAACAGUGCUGGGUAUUGCCUCAAAAGAUGGUCAGGUCAAGGCACUUAAUACGUGUGUUUCCCACAUCUUUACUGUCUUCAUCUUCUAUGUGCCACUCAUUGUUCUGGCCUUAAUUCAUAGAUUUGGCACGUUCACAUCUCCCCUUCUCCAUGUAACCAUGGCAAAUCUCUUCCUCUUCUUGACCCCCGUUCUUAACCCUUUGGUUUAUAGCCUAAAGACCAAACAGAUAAGAUCAUCAUUGCAGAAGGUAUUCAAGGGGACGGGAAAUCUGCUGCAGUAA